ACAGGAAAUCCGGGGGAAAAAAAUUAUUUUCAGCUGCUGGCCCUGCCACGAAAUAACAUUUUGUAUGUCAUACAUGGGAAUUCUUGCUGCUCAACACUACGCAAUCUCACAGGUUUUAAUAGAUCAAAACCUGACAACAUCUUCAGAGGCGGAAAUUGCACAAUUAGACGGUUCAAAACAAAGAAGAUAUGUGAGGUCACUGACAUCAAUGAAACACCCUGCAUAGAAAAAGCUGAAGAGACGGAUUGGAGCGAAACAUUCUACACCAUCAACAUAACAGCAACAAACAGCAGCUGUUACAAGUGUAAAAAACUAGUGAGCAAGCCCAAAAAUCAUCUUGAAGUCAACACAUCAUCUCCCGCAGGAGAAGCAAUAGACUCAGAGAAAGCAGGUGAAAUCGUAAACAAUAUAAAGGAUUUAGUCGCCUCCCUCAAUGAAUCUUCAGCAUCCUUGUCUGGAGAAGGAAUCCAGGGCGCCAUCGUGAUAGAGAGACAUUCUGAAGAUAAUGACGAUUUUGAAGAAGUCAUGUUUGCUUAUGCGUCUCGAGAUGACAGCUUGAGUAUUAUCGGUGACAGAGCUUUACUGCCUGACUUUUCCAGAACGGUCAGGGUGCCGAAAGAAGCUUUUGGACAAGCUUUGAGCUUAAACGUCACUGUCCCGUUCGCAGCUGUUGUGAAAUUCACUAACAUGGCUCAUGAUGAGAAGCAGGGAACUGUUUUACAAAAUGAGGUUUUGGCGGUGGAAAUGGGAGCCACGAUCGCCAACCUCACAGACCACAUAGACAUCAAUUUUAAGAACAUGGAUUACAGGGGAAUUCCAUCUUGUCAAUCAUGGGACGGUAAAGGCAAGCUACCACAAUGGACCGAUGAAGGAUGUCAGACGAUAAUAAAUGGAACCAACAUCUCCUGCCAGUGUUCACAUUUGACGUUCUUCGCCAUCUUGUUGACUCCCCUGAAUGAAACCAUCUCUAGUUCUGAUCUGGACAACCUCACCAUCAUCACGAAUGUCGGCUGCGGCUUGUCCAUGUUCUUCCUCUGCAUCGUCCUCUUCAUGCACUUUCUUUUAAGGAGGACCAAGGCCACUGACACCACGAAGAUCCUGAUCCACCUGGUGGUGGCCAUGUUCCUGCUCAACUUCACGUUCCUGAUCAACAACACUGUGGCCGGACUGAAGAACUCUAUGGGUUGUAAGAUCAUGGCGGCGGUCAUGCAUUACUUCAUGUUGGCCACCUUCACUUGGUUUGCUGUGCAGGCCUUCCACCUCUGCCUGCAGGUGUACAAGGGGGGCAACAUCGUGAUCCAUCGGUACAUGCUCAAAGUCUGCAUCCUCGCCUGGGCUACACCCAGUGUGAUCGUGGUUUUCCUGCUCAGCUUCAGCAAAUAUGGUGAACAAGUCAUACACACUGAUGACGCUGUCAAAGAUGUGACCAUGUGCUGGAUAACUGACGAGAAUGCCCACUACAUUGUCAACAUAGGCUACUAUGCUAUAGUCUUCCUCUUCACCUUCACCACCCUCACCGUCAUGCUGUCGUGGCUCUGUUAUCUCAAGAAAACCAAAGCUGACAACCAGCAAGCUAACCAAAAUGGCAUUAGCAUCAUGACUAUCAUGGGACUGUGCAGCAUGCUGGGUGUCACGUGGGGUUUUGCCUUCUUCGCCUACGGUGACCUCCGGAUUCCCUCCUACUACAUUUUCACAACUCUUAAUUCUUUCCAAGGUUUCUUCCUUUUCAUCUACUACUACACCAACAGAAACAAGGUGGUGAGGGACACCGGCACCUUCAGUGACUCAACAAACGCCAGUAAAACCACGUCUGUCGGAACUGAUCUACAUAUCUACAGCAACCCCUACGCCAACCAGCUGGAGAAAAAAAACCCUUAGCCUCAGAGGAUGACUGGUUCAAGCAAGUACAGAAUCAACUGGAGAGUGUACGAAUGUAAAACAUAGAGCUGUAAUAACAGGUGUAUCUCAUGCUUUUUUUCUUUAUCUCAGGACCACAGUUAAGUUUGGAUAAGUUUAUACAGUGAGGAUUAGAAAAGAGUGUUUUGUGCAAUUUAAUAAACUGAAUAUAAAAAAUAAAUAUUAAUGCAAAGCUUAAAGGUAAAAUAGCUAAAUAUUAUAAAAAGCUUUAAACCGGUGAAAGGUUUUUUUGUUGUUGUUUUUUUUACCCGGGUGACCCAACUGAGGCCCAUCAGUCCCCGGCUUGUAUCCAAGUUACAUGCUCCUUCGUGGAUCCCCCCCCCCCAACGCAUUUUCUUCUCUCCUGCAACUCUAUAAUGUCAAGAAGGCUGAGAGCUCGGUGUAAAGACCGUCCGGCUAAGCCCCUGCGGUCCAACUCAAUGUGUUUGCAAAAGGCAAAAGUUAGAAUAGUCAGACGUUGAGACCAGAUUGUCCAGCUGCCAAUCAUGUGCUGUAGCUAGUGACCCAGCUAGAGGCCCCGCACUCCAACCGUUUUACACCUGCGGCUUCACUCACGUCCUGAUUCUGGAGCCGCAGGUG